CGGACGCUGAGGCGGCGCGCGACGCUGAGGCGCCGCGCGCGGUGAUGACGUAAUCGCGGCGCCACGUCGACUCUGCGGCCAAGAUGGCGGCGGCAGAAGGCGGCGGGGCGGCGGCGGCAGCCGAGCCUCUGUUUGCAGGCCUGGCAGACGUGUCCAUAUCUGAGGACAUCCCGGUGGAAGGGGAGAUCACGGUUCCCGUGGGAUCCCAUUCCCCAGAGGAAGAUUUCUCCACGCUGGAUGAACCCGUCAGGGACACCAUUCUGAGAGAUCUGAAGGCUGUUGGGAAGAAAUUUGUCCACGUCAUGUAUCCAAGGAAGAGCAGCGCACUCCUCAGGGACUGGGAUCUUUGGGGGCCUUUGGUGCUUUGUGUCUCACUUGCUCUGAUGCUGCAGGGGGGAUCAGCAGACAGCAAGGAGGACGGAGGGCCCCAGUUUGCUGAGGUCUUUGUCAUCAUCUGGUUUGGUGCCGUUGUCAUCACACUAAACUCAAAGCUCCUGGGAGGAACUAUAUCUUUUUUUCAGAGCCUGUGUGUUCUGGGUUACUGCGUCCUGCCCCUGACGGUGGCGAUGCUGGUGUGCAGGCUGGUGCUGCUGGCAGGCUCUGGCACUGUCAGCUUCAUCAUACGCCUGAUUGUAGUGAUUGCUAUGUUUGCCUGGUCCACGUUAGCAUCCACAGCCUUCCUGGCUGACAGCCAGCCUCCGCACCGCAAGGCGCUGGCCGUGUACCCCAUCUUCCUCUUCUACUUCGUCAUCAGCUGGAUGAUUCUCACCUUCACACCCCAGUGACGUCCGGUCAGAGGAGACUGUGUGACACAGCCUGAAGUCUUGCACGGACGCUGCAGUUGAUGUCGGCUUUGUCUCUUGUUAAUUUAUCUAUGGAGGUGGUCUAACGAGGCUGCUUGUGGGAUAAAGCCAAGAACUGCAAGACUGGUCGCGUGUUCUUGAGAGAGAUGGAAGUCCGGCUACUGAGUUUUUUUUGUUUAAUUAGCCCUGCUCUUUAGUUGUGUUGAAUAAGAAAUGCACACUGUGACAGGGAAUAUUCUGCCUGAGGAACAGAGGGAGAGGUCUUGGGACUUCAGGAGCCUGAUGGUGAAGUUACAGGAUCGCACUGCCUGGCAGGGUUCUUGCUCACGCUUGGAUUCUUGCUCAGGGCAACAUGCCUUACAUUACUGUUAUGUGUUGGGUGGGUAAGGAGGAAUUUGUUUGACUACUGUCCUUUUUCGUUCACUUAAAGAGCGGAGAAAUGUAUAUAAAAUGCAUCACAAGA